AUGAGAGAUGUGACGUGGGAAAGAAUCUGCACUUCGGGCGUUCCUUCCCGUGCCGUCAUCGGACUUGGCCAUUACAAGAUGAGGUGUACAAUAGAAGAAGAUAGAGCUGACAAAUGUGCAAUAAUUGGCCGGGGCUGUGGAAGCGGUGCCGGGAGAAGGGGCCCCAACCUCCGGCCAUAUCGACCCGCCCUUCCACCCUCUUCCUCUAAUAAUGUGCUGCUGGUUACCUCCUCGAGUCGUCCGGACCAUUGGAUUGUGCCCGGAGGUGGUGUUGAACCAGAAGAAGAACCGUCCAUGACCGCCAUCCGGGAGGUGGUCGAGGAAGCUGGUGUCCUUGGGAAACUGGGCAGGAGACUUGGAGUCUUCGAAGUACAUCAAUAUGAGGUUCCUGAACCAGGAGGGAGACACGUGACUCAGAACACCCACCACAACAACUUAAUAAACCCUGAUUAUGGCUGGAUAACUGAGACCUCAGAAAGCAUCACCCCCCUCCUCCCGCGACAGAUCUUUCAUUGCUAG